GGUAGUUGUGGCUGUGGACCCAAACCUUUGAUCUAUACGACUAUAUAUUGUUGACGUUUUCCUUGAUUGAUGGAGACUCGUGAUAGCCACCCAGCACCCGCAAAGGAACUACUGUUGGCAGAGCAUUAUUUGAUCAGAUCACUAAACUGGAUCAGAGGCACUACCCAAUGAACAAGAAUUUCCAAUUCUAAAGCAUUUUCUCGAGAUAAUUUUGCCAGGAAGAAAAGAAGGGAGAAGAAGAUGAACAGUGAGAUCAAGAACCUCAUAAAGGUAUGGAUAGUGUCAAUUGCAUCCAUUUGUUACUGUUAUUUUAUAGCCAAACACAUCCCAAAAGGCUUAACCAGGCUCAUCUCCCUCUUCCCCAUCCUCUGCCUCUUCUUAAUCCUCCCCUUGGAUCUCCAUUCCUUCUACCUUGGAGGGGGCGCAACCUUCUGCCUUGUUUGGCUUGCCAAUUUCAAGCUCCUCCUCUUCUCCUUUGACCAGGGCCCCUUAUCAGAUUCACUAACCAACCCAUCAAAUACCCUCCUCCAUUUCAUCUACAUUGCACUAUUACCCAUCAAGAUCAAACAAGACCCACAUCCAAAAUCACCAUCAAAUGCAAGAUACAAUCGGGACCCAUCUUCAAAUAGUGCAAGAAAUGGGCAGAGAUCGGCAUUUUUGCCUAUCAAGGUGUUGCUUUUGGCGAUGUUGUUUCGUGCAUACUACUAUAGGCAAUAUUUGCACCCUUAUAUCACAUGGGGUAUGACCUGCUGCAACUUGUAUUUGGAUUUGGAGGUUAUGCUAGCCACGGCUGCAGUCCUGGCUCGAGCCAUUUUGGGCAUUGAACUCGAGCCGCAGUUCAACGAGCCCUACUUGGCUACAUCGCUACAGGACUUUUGGGGCCAGAGGUGGAACCUCGUGGUUACGGGUAUUCUACGGCCUGCGGUAUAUGGCCCGAUCCAGAGUAUGUCAACACGUAUGUUGCGCCGCAGUUGGGCUCCGCUACCUGCUAUCAUGGCCACUUUCUUGGUUUCGGGCCUCAUGCACGAGUUAAUAUUCUUUUACUUGACACGUGUUAGUCCUACGUGGGAGGUAAUGUGGUUCUUUGUCCUACAAGGAGUAUGCACGGCAGCGGAGGUGGCAGCAAAGAAGGCCGUGGCCAGCCGAUGGCGGUUGCAUCGGGUGGUUUCAGGGUUGUUGACGUUGGUGUUUGUGGUGGUGACUGGUGUUUGGCUGUUCUUUCCCCAGUUCACAAGGAAUGGGUUGGACCAAAAGGGCAUCGAAGAGUUUCAAAUUCUGGCGGAUUUCUUCAUGGCCGGCGUCCAGAGGACCAUUUCACUUGUUAGGAGCUUGUUUUAGAAAUUUCAGAAUCCUUCGGUGGAACUAAAUCAAUGCAGUUAGCCAGAAAAUAACAGCAACACUUCCAGGAAAUUGCCGCUGAUGUUUUGCUUAAGGAACUUUACAGUUUAUAAUGCUGCAGAACUCUUCAUGCUUCUUCACACUUUUUCCCCCA